UGCAUUUUUAUCUUUUUUUUUUUUAACGAGGAACAAUGAAAGGCAAAGGGAAAAAGUACUCCAAACUGAAGUUGGGUUUACCUGUUUUGUUUCUCCUUUGCACCCUUUUCUUCUUUGCUGGGCUUUUUGUGUCUCCUCUCCUCUUUCAGGAUUUGGUUGAUGUUGGACCACGGCCCAGAAUACGUCAUGAUUCGUUGAAGAAAGAAUAUGACCCUCUUGAGCAUGGUAAAUCUGGGGAAUCCUUUGUUGAAACUAUCCCAUUUCAGAUUUUAAGUUGGAGACCACGGGCGCUUUACUUUCCAAACUUCACAAGUGCGGAAGUAUGUGAACAAAUAAUUAAAAUGGCAAAGCCCAAACUUGAACCAUCAAAAUUAGCUUUGCGGGAAGGAGAAACUGCUGAAAGCACAAAAGGCACUAGAACAAGUACAGGCGCAUUCAUCCGUGCAUCAGAAGACAAAUCUGGCAUCUUAGACUUCAUUGAGCAGAAAAUUGCUAAGGUUACAAUGAUUCCAAAGACCUAUGGAGAAGAAUUCAAUAUAUUGAGGUAUGACGUUGGCCAGAAAUAUGAUUCUCAUUAUGAUGCAUUCAACUCAGCUGAAUAUGGCACCGUUGAGAGCCAAAGGAUUGCUUCCUUCUUGUUAUACCUAUCAAAUGUAGAAGCAGGUGGAGAAACAAUGUUCCCUUAUGAGGGUGGUUUGAAUAUGGAUGCAGGUUAUGAUUACCAAAAAUGCAUUGGUUUGAAGGUGAAGCCCCGGCAAGGGGAUGGAAUUUUGUUUUAUUCAGUUUUUCCAAAUGGGAAAAUUGAUAAGACUUCUCUCCAUGGAAGUUGUCCAGUGAUUACGGGGGAGAAAUGGGUCGCAACAAAGUGGAUUAAUGAUCAUAAGCAAUACUACUAGUUUUCUUACUGAGGCAUUUCCGAUGUCAUCAUAUUCAUCAUUGUGCAUAUAUGCUGCCUUUUUGUAUAUAUCGGUGCUACAAAGUUUUAUCAGUUAUGAAGUUUAAAUGACUGUAACUUGUACGCUCAAAUGACAAACCUUGUAUAGUUUUUUUAAUGACAGUAUCUCCAA